AUGGAUCAAAUGGACCUAACUAUGUCUACAGAAUAUUUCAUUGAACUUCUGCACAAUUCACAGAACAUUCUGGUCUUACUCUUCAUGAUACUUCUGCUGCUUUGUCUGAUCAUUGGAUCUGGAAAUAUUGUCAUCAUGACCUUAAUCAUCAUUGACUCUCAUCUCCACUCCAUGUACUUCUUGUUGGCCAACUUGUCCUUUGUUGACAUGUGGCUUUCCUCAGUGAGCACACCUAAGAUGAUCACAGACUUUCUCAAGGACAACAAGACUAUUUCCUUUGGAGGCUGUAUGUCCAAGAUCUUCUUUGCUUAUUUCAUUGCUGCAGGUGGGAUGGUACUUCUGGUGGUAAUGGCAUAUGAUCAUUACAUGGCCAUUUGCAAACCACUUCAGUACUCUAGCAUUAUAAGCCUGAAACAGUACAUAAAGCUGGUGUUGAUUUCCAGGACCCUUGGCUUUGUGCAUGCCAUGAAUCAUCUGGUUGUGAUUGUGCAUCUGCCUUUCUGUGGCCCCUGGGAGAUAACUGGUAUCUUCUGUGACAUACCACAGAUAAUCAAGCUGGCCUGCAUGUAUUCCCAUAAUUUGCACCUUUUAAUGGAUGCUGAAUGUGGGGUUGUUGGUGUAACCUGCUUUAUUCUGUUGCUGAUAUCCUACACAUAUAUUCUCCUCACUGUUCAACAAAUCUCUAAAACUGAUGCAUCUAAGGCACUGUCUACCUCCCCUGCCCACAUCAGGGUGGUGUUGCUCUUCUUUGGACUCAUUUUUAUCUAUGUGUUUCCAUUCAAUAUCACUUGGUUGGACAAAUUUCCUGCUGUGUUUUAUUUUGCUUUUACACUUCUCCUAAAUAUAGCCAUUUAUAUACUGAGAAACAAACAGAUGAAAAAUUCUAUGAAAAGAUUCAUAAGCUAUUACAUAGGUUCCAAGGGAAAACCUGGUCCCCAGGUUCUCUAUUAA